ACUUCUGAGCAAGAUCUCAUCUCCGCUCAGCACUUCCCAGUUCCUCUCAGCGUUAUUAAGGGAAGGAAAGGAAUCCAACAGGAGCCGAAUCUUAUCUGUACCAUCUUUCUUAUUGAUUCUUCCGCUUGUAGAAAGUGGAGGCAUCAGCCCUUUGAUGUGAUGGUGUUUAUCUCUGCAUCUCUUUUGUUAUUUGUAGAGACUCAGAAGAGGAAAAAAGGCACGAGACUUGCCAAAACACCGCUUUUUUUAAAAAUCAACAACGAAUUUCUCAAAAUGUUCGAAAACCAUUAAAAGGAAAAAGGCAUUUUUUUAAUCUAUCAACUAAGUGAAUAAUCACGCAUACUAUCCACCUCCAGAGAUACUAGCAUCCCUCGCUUUGGACCGAGAGCGAUGACAGCUGCUUUUUCAUUGUUGAAUGUAAUAAAUAUUUGUUGCUUUUAAUAUUUCCCGGAAUUUCUCCCCUGAUAUUCCUUGGGAUUUUAACUCUAAAAGAUUGGAGAAAAGAUUAUCAAAAAGGCUUGUACAAGCCUCCAAAAUGAUGCUGAGUCCAGACCAAGCCGCCGACUCGGAUCAUCCCAGCUCGGCGCACUCGGAUCCGGAGUCGCUGGGUGGGGCGGACGCCAAAGUGCUGGGCAGCGUGUCGGACCUGGAGCCGGUGGAGGAGGCCGAAGGCGAUGGCAAGGGCGGCAGCCGGGCCGCACUCUAUCCGCACCCGCAACAGCUGAGCCGCGAGGAGAAGCGCCGGCGCCGGCGCGCCACGGCCAAGUACCGCUCGGCGCACGCCACCCGCGAGCGCAUCCGCGUGGAGGCCUUCAACUUGGCCUUCGCAGAGCUCCGCAAACUCCUGCCCACGCUGCCCCCGGACAAGAAGCUCUCCAAGAUCGAGAUCCUGCGCCUGGCCAUCUGCUACAUCUCCUAUCUCAACCACGUCCUGGACGUGUAG